CAGAUCAGUACCCUGCAUCCAGAGACAAUAUCAUCAUUUGCAAUAUGCUUUAUCGGCCCGUCACCCGGUUCCUGUCUACCGCACCACAGUGCCUGACACCACCCGCAAACCCUAUCAUCCGGUGGAGUUCGCACUUCGCGCCGCCACGACCGCAUGUAAACCCCGGGAAGAAGGUGACUAUUUCCAAGCUGCAGAGCUUAUAUCGGGGAAACGAACCCAUUGCGGUACUCACGGCGUAUGACUUUCCAAGUGGCUUGGUGGCGGAUGCCGCAGGGAUGGAUGUGGUGUUGGUAGGGGAUAGCUUGGCGAUGGUAGCGCUGGGGAUGGAGGAUACCGACUCGGUUACGAUGGAGGAGAUGUUGGUGCAUUGUCGGAGUGUGGCCAGGGCUGUGACGAGGGCUUUUUUGAUAGCAGAUUUACCGAUGGGCUAUUAUGAAGUAUCACCCGAGCAGGCUGUUCAGUCUGUCAUGCGAAUGGUCAAAGAGGGCCAUGUGAACGCUGUGAAAAUGGAGGGCGGGGAGGAAAUGGCACCUACUAUCAGGAGGAUCACUGAGGCGGGAAUCCCGGUCAUGGCGCAUAUAGGGCUAACGCCGCAGCGACAACAUUCUUUGAGUGGGUUUAGAGUGCAGGGCAAGUCUGCGGCGGGAGCGGUCAAAGUACUGCGAGAUGCGAUCGCUGUUCAGGAAGCUGGAGCGUUUAUGAUCUUGGUGGAGGCUGUGCCGGCUGAGGUUGCUGCCAUUGUCACGAAACGACUUCGGGUUCCGACCAUAGGGAUUGGAUCCGGGAAUGGUUGCUCAGGACAGGUGCUGGUUCAGGUCGAUAUGACGGGUAACUUUCCACCCGGACGGUUUAUGCCGAAGUUUGUGAAGACUUUUGCGAAUGUUUGGGGAGAGGCGCUGAGAGGUAUCGAGGAGUAUAAGCGUCAGGUCAAGGCCAGGGAUUUUCCGGACGUUGAUUAUAGCUAUGAGAUUCCUGAAGAGGAGCUGGUGAAGUUCAGGGAUUCCGUUGGUGGUGGGUUAAGGAGGAAGGUGGAGAGCGAGUAG